AUGGGAAAUUGUCUAAAACUUCUCAAAGAACAACCUCCUUCAAUUGCUCUCAUCAUCCCUCCAACUUCAGUGGAGCAAGAGAAGGAGAAUUUGAAAGUGUUCAGCUUUGCGGAAUUGAAGAAGGCAACUAAGAAAUUCAAAGAAUACACGGCCAAAAUUAAUGGUUAUGAGAGUGCUUAUAUUCGAACAUACAAAGGCUAUAUCAAUGAGACCACAUUUUCUCCAUCAAGAGCUGAAACUGGCAUUGCUGUUUCUGUCAUGGAAUGUGUUCAAUAUAAUAGUUCACAGGCUCUACAAGAGUGGAAGGAAGAAGUGAAGUCUCUGGGAGAGAUUUCGCAUCCCAAUUUACUCAAACUUUUAGGUUACUGUUGUGAAGAUAACAAAUCCUUCUUGGUUUUUGAAUACUUGCAAAACGAAAGUUUGGACUGUCACAUUUUCGAAAAAGAAGAGGCAUUACCGUGGGAAAUACGGGUUAAGAUAGCUAUAGGAGCAGCUCAAGGUUUUGCAUUUCUACACUCGGUAAAGACCAGCGCGCUGUACCGAGCAUUCAGAAUGUGUGACAUUAUGCUUGACGAGCAAUACAAUGCGAAAUUGUUUUAUCUUGGAUGUAACAAACUAUGUUUGUUAGAAGAAAGUAUCACGACCGCAUUCAUUGGAAGAACUGAUUAUACACCUCCUGAAUAUGUAAUCUCAGGUCAUUUGGGAAUGAAGAGUGAUGUGUAUACAUUUGGUGUGAUCUUGCUUGAGCUUCUAACAGGUUUAAAAGCUUCAGAUGGAGCAAAGAACAAGAAUAAGCAAAGCUUAAUCUCGACUAAACCUUUCUUGUCCGAUAAAGAUAAAAUCCGAGAAAUAAUCGAUCCUCGACUUGGAAACGAUUAUCCUGUGAAUGCGACGACGCAGAUGGGUAAACUCAUCAAAAGAUGCAUCAAGUUGGACGCGAAGAAACGACCACUGAUGCAACAAGUUUUGGAUGGUUUGAAUGAUAUUGCAAUGAUUAAAGACUAA